GGGGGUGACGUCACUUCCGGCCCGCGAAGGCUCCCCUGCAAGGUCGCUUGCGGGGGAAGGAAGGAAAGGGGGAGUCGCAAAAUGGCGGGCCUGGAGCGCAGCGGGGGCCCUCCGCGGGCGAUGAUGGGCUACACUGCGGACGAGAAGCUCCGUCUGGAGCAGCUGCGGGAGCUGCGGCGGCGCUGGCUCCGGGACCAGGAGCUGAGCCCGCGGGAGCCCGUCCUGCCCCCGAGGAAGCCCGGGCUGGUGGAGGGCUUCUGGGAGCGCUUCCUCGCCCCGGGAGGGCUCUGGAGGAAACAGGUAUUCAAAACCUACAACGCUGGAGUAUUUGUUUUCGUUCGGUUACUUAUUCCUUUUUGGGUUACUCACUACUACGUGAAAUAUCAUCUGUUGAAACAGCCGUAUGGAGUUGUUUCUUCAAAGCCCAAGAUAUUCCCAGGUGACACUAUUCUGGAGACGAAUGAAGUUGUUCCUCCACUAGAAAUACCAAGCAGCCAUCAUUAAAAGGCUCAAGACUUCAGAAACCUGCAGGCAUUUGUCUUGCCUCCUACUGAAAUACAUUACAUAACUCAGAAUCUUAUUUAACAAUUAAAGUGGCUUCAGGAUUA